UUUUUACCAUGCCGUGUUGUGUCAUCAUCAUGCGCCUUAUUGUCUCUCUUUAUGGGAAAUGGAUAAGUUUGUUAUCCGUCAGCCCAAGGGGGCGAUACCCCAAGUGAGCAGCAGCCGAGAGAAAGGGAAGAAACAGAGUACCCUGCAUGACCUCAAGAGGGUUGUGGUUUUGGAAGAUAUAAAAAGAUGGAAAUGUAUCCUGGAACUUCCUCACCAGACCAAAGCAAAUUUACUAGACACUUUACUACAACUAAAGAAGAAAAUUCCCUCUGAAGAAGUAAUCAGAUCAACAAAAAUUGGUGAAGCUGUGCAAAGACUACAAACUCACAGUGAGGCUGAAGUAUCUGAUCUUGCUUCUGAGGUUCAUACUCAGUGGGAAACCUUUAUAAAUGAGAAGAAAUGCAAGCCAUCUAUUGAAGUGAGAAGUGAUGCGACUACAGAGAAAUUGCGCAGCAAUGCCAGACGACUGCUGUGUGAAGCACUAGAUGUGGAGGUUGGUAAUCCUCUGGCUGAAUGUGUUGAACGAGAAGUUUUUCACCAGAGCUCUCGCCUGAUUAAUGUUCCGUAUCGGAGGACAGUCCGUACUCUCGUAUUCACGCUUAAGCACAAGCCUGACAUUCGUUCUGAGCUCAUGGAUGGACUCCUACAAGUGAAUGAGCUUGUAAAGAGGCACAAGAAAUAAUGUGCAGCCAUACUGGACACAUAGCAUCUGCAAACGUUCCAUGAACUAAGUUGCAUUAAUGACAUUCUAAGAUGCAGUCACUAUGAUAUUUACAGAAUUUUACUCCCAUUGACACAAUAAGUAUUGUUACUCGUGUGCAGUUGGGUCAGUAGGAAGAAUUUUUGUGUUAAUUGGAAGGAUUGUUACUCUGGUACUCUUGGGUCAGCAGGAAGAAUUUUACUGAUGGUUUUUGAGUUCAUGGAGAGGAUUAUUAUUCAUGCUUUACUUUUAGUGAAGGAUCAAUAUGUGAGGACCCUGGGAGAUGAUUAUGUCAUGGUCUACAGGAUUGCAUCUAAAUUUAACAAGCUGCAUUGGACUGUUAUUUGCGAAUGAGUUUUAAGAACACAGUGACACUCAUCACAGAGUUUUAUUUUAUUUUUACAUUUUAAAGGAUAUUUUUUUUAUUGAAACAUUUGUUUUUUUAUUUUCUGUUACGUAAAUAAACCUGCAUAAAGUAUUAA